AUGAAGGACCUGCCCGUCCUUUACGUUGCUGUUCCUAUUAUCAUCCCACUACAGGGAGGAGGUCCGACUCCAAGCCCUGGUUCGGAGGGUUUUCUGAGUAACGAGUACGAAUUUGCCAAUUGCUUCCAAUGGUGGAGCUCUACUCAGAUGAGGGAUUUAAUUCACACCCACCUCAACAUGCGGUUGAGAUCCUUCUCUCAUAGCAGGGAUGUAUUUGCCGGGGAGCGCGUUCAACUGUUGUUCACCUUGUACCUAGGUAAUCAAAGCCGGGUGGAAGGACCGAUCGCCCGCCACAAAGCUUGCUUGAAAGAAUAUUGGCGCGGGAUGAGGUUGAAGGCGCACGUGAUGAGAUUUAACCCCAGGGAUGUUGGUCAGAUCGGACGGCCGCUCCGACAGCUCAACAAAAACGACGUCCAUUUUGGUCCUACUAUUCGAGUCGGAUGGAAGGUGUAUGAUGCAUUAGUCAUCAGUGAAGACCACUAUUUGAUGAGUGAUCGAAACAUCCCGUCUGAUUUGGCCAAUGUCCGCACAGAAGACCAAAGAGAAUUCGGAGGGCAAAAAAUUAUGUAUCCAACAGCUCUGGCCGAUGGUACAGUACUGGCGCUUUAUCACAUGAGCGCAAUGGGCAAGCAACUUGUCACGUUCAUUGUCAUGAGGCUUUCAGACGAUUGUUCUCCAGCAGCGACCCAGCUGCCUCUACGGGAACCACCUCAUUCAUUGGGACGACUUCGACCUGGCUAUCGACUGAGUGAUACGUCGUGGGCGAUACAAUCUUUCAAGCGACUGAAUAUCCUCCGACUGCCCGUAUUCAACUCCGACUUCGCUGAGGUCAUAGGCUUCAUCGAUGAAUGCCCAUCACGGGUUCCUCAAUUCGAUGCUAGAUCGACGAUCCUGUCAAAGGGCAUCCGCGACUUUUCAGGCAACGAAUACAAUAACAAGCGCAAGCUAUGUCUCGAUGCCUCGACAGCUCCACGGGUUCUCAGAGUCGAAGGCCUCGCAGUGGCUAAUGCGAGUCAGCUAUUAGGCGUUUUGAUCGAGUCCAAGCUGCAUAACGUCGAGGGGAUGGCUCUUUUCAUCUACCGAGUGUGGCACUGGCCGAGAGGCGAGGCCAUCUUCGGGGCAGGAAGAGUGGAUGUCGAUGGAACUCUGGACGGAGACACCCCCGAAGUCAUGACGACUGGAAUCAGAUCGAUGUACAAUCCAGAUGGUUUGGUGUAA